AUGUCCAGUUUCUGGGAGAAUUCAACAGAGGCUAUUGACUCUAAUGUCCAGUUCUUGAAUUUUGAGGAUUCAAUGACAAGCCCUGAGUUCUCUAAUGGUUUCUUCCCUCGGGAUCAUCAGUCUUUGCCUUUGAGAACCAGCAGGAGAUCACCGAGUUUACCGGAGUUUCCGGUAAAAAUAUGUCAUUACUUCAGCAGAGGUUACUGCAAACAUGGCAACAAUUGUCGGUACUUUCACGGGCAGAUCAUACCAGAGAGAGAGAGUUUCUCUCAGAUGUUUAAUGCAAACAACAUAAGUGAUGAAGAGCAGCACGUUGUUUCUCCUGGAUCACUAGAGAAGCUUGAAGGAGAGAUCAUUGAACUGCUUAAAUCAAGAAGAGGCGCUCCAAUUUCCAUAGCUUCAUUGCCAAUGAUGUACUUGGAAAAAUACGGUAGGACCCUUCAAGCUGAAGGAUAUCUCACAGAGUCACAAAGACAUGGCAAAGCUGGCUAUAGCCUCACCAAGCUUCUUGCUCGCUUGAAGAACACCAUCCGUCUCAUCGACAGGCCUCAUGGGCAGCAUUCGGUUAUAUUAGCAGAAGAUGUAUCAAAGUUUGUGGAAUACUUGGAAGAGAGAAACGAACAUGGAGCAAUCCUUGCUGGUUCAAAACAGAUUUACUUGACAUUUCCAGCAGAGAGUAGUUUUUCUGAACAUGAUGUCUCAAACUACUUCUCCAAAUUUGGGCUUGUGGAAGAUGUGAUGAUUCCUUGUCAACAGAAGAGAGUGUUUGGAUUUGUAACAUUUGUUUACACAGAAACUGUCAAACUCAUUCUUGCGAAAGGCAAUCCUCAUUUCAUUUGUGGGGCUCGUGUUCUCGUUAACCCUUACCGGGAAAAAUCACUCCCUAGUCGAUAUCUUGACAAUAACAAGCCUCUUCACGGGAUGCGGUAUGGCUCCCAAUACAUCGACAGAGACAUGGAGAUGAACACAUGUUAG